CUCGAAAUAGAAAUAUAAAAAGAAGGCAAAUAACAUUUCAUUUCACAUAACAGGAAAUAGGAAGUUUCAGAAAAUGGUAGAAAGAGUAACGAAGACGAUGCAUAGCAAGUCGCCUGCCUACUUGCACCGCAGAGUCUCUCUAGAACCACCACGGCGGCGCAAUCUUUGUUGACUAUUCUCCGUUUCUUCAACAAUCGAUUUUUCCUAUGUGUGUUUAUAGGGACAGACCCACACUCGUAGAUGUAACCCUCUCCUAUCACUAUUUAGGAUUUCUUUCUCCAAUCAUCCAAACCAGGCGGUGACAGAUUCGACAUCAAUCCCAUCCCCAUUUUCUUCAGCAUUAAUGGUUUCUCCGCCGAUUGCGACCUCCUCCGCUCACGGCGGUGGGUGGAGAAACAAAAGCGGCGGCAGUAACACUGGCAGCGUCAGUGAUUCACGUGUCCUCUCAUCUCCUUCUUAUUUCUUCCUUGUCGCGUUUGUGCUGUUGGGCUCAAUUGCGGCUCUCUAUUGUCGCUUCUUACUGCCGGCUAACGCGCACGCGACACUCUCCGCCGCUGGCUGUCGCGAGGACAAUGAGGGAUCGUGGGCCAUUGGUGUGUUCUACGGCGACUCUCCCUUCUCUCUCAGACCAAUUGAAGAUGUGAAUGUUUCAAGCCCAAAAGUCGCAGCAUGGCCAGUUGCCAACCCAGUUUUCACUUGUGCUUCUGCUUCUCAGUCUGGUUUUCCCAGUAAUUUUGUUGCUGACCCAUUUCUAUAUGUUCAGGGAGACUCUCUUUUCCUCUUCUUUGAAACUAAGAAUGCAAUCACAAUGCAAGGGGACAUUGGAGUUGCUAGAAGUGUUGAUAAGGGUGCAACAUGGGAACCCUUGGGCGUCGCCUUGGAUGAAGAUUGGCAUCUCUCUUAUCCAUAUGUCUUUGACUACAAUGGGAAUAUAUAUAUGAUGCCAGAGGGCAGUGCAAAAGGGGACCUUCGACUAUACCGAGCUGUAAAUUUCCCUAUUGAAUGGACACUGGAGAGGGUGAUAAUGAAAAAGCCAAUGGUAGACUCCUUUAUAAUUCCACACAAUGGGAAGUACUGGCUUUUCGGAUCAGAUCACAGUGGCAUAGGUGCCCAAAAGAACGGCCAAUUGGAGAUCUGGUAUAGCACCUCUCCACUCGGUCCUUGGAGGCGACACAAGAAGAACCCUGUUUACAACAAAGACAAAAGCAUGGGUGCUCGAAAUGGCGGCAGACCAUUUGUCUACAAUGGAAACAUUUACCGCUACGGUCAAGAUUGCGGUAGAACAUAUGGAGCACGUGUGCGUCUUUUCAAAAUAGAGGUGCUCACGACUCGCGAGUUCAAAGAGAAAGAAGUCCCGUUGGGGAUUGAGGGGUCUCUUAAAGGGCGGAAUGCAUGGAACGGUGCCCGAAGUCAUCACCUCGAUGUGCAGCAGGUGGGCCCGGGAGAGUGGAUUGCUGUUAUGGAUGGGGACCGCAUCCCUUCGGGAGAUCUGAACCGUCGGUUCGUUCUUGGCUGCACCUCAGCUGUGGGUGUGGUUGCACUUGUCAUGCUGUUGGGAAUGAUUCUUGGGGCCGUGACAUGUAUUGUUCCCUUAAGUUGGUGCCCUCACAACGUGGGAAAGCGUAGUGAUGCUUCCUUGGCAUGGGAAAAACCGAAUACUUUGUCUUCAAAUCUUAGACUGUUUUGUAGCCGGUUGAACCAGGUCAGCUCCUCUCUCCACUCCAGAUUAAAACCAAACACCUUUAUCGGGAUGGUAGUCCUGUCUUUUAUAUUUCUCGCAGCAGCUGCAUUAAUAUGUGUUGGGGUUAAACACAUAUAUGGAGGAAGUGGUGCACAGGAACCUUACCCAUUGAAUGGCCAGUACUCUCAAUUCACUCUAUUAACAAUGACAUAUGACGCCAGGAUGUGGAAUUUGAAAAUGUUUAUCAAGCAUUACUCGAGAUGUUCUUCAGUUCGUGAAAUUGUUGUUGUGUGGAACAAAGGGAAAGCACCACGGUUGAAUGACUUUGACUCAGCUGUCCCCGUGAGGAUAAGAGUAGAGGAAAGGAACUCAUUGAACAACCGAUUCAAAGUUGACCCGUCCAUAAAGACCCGAUCCGUUCUGGAACUUGAUGAUGACAUCAUGAUGACAUGUGAUGAUGUGGAACGGGGGUUCAAGGUUUGGCGGGAACAUCCUGAUAGAAUAGUAGGUUUUUACCCACGGCUAGUCAAUGGGGGGACUCCCUUGAAGUACAGGGCCGAAAAACAUGCUCGGAAGCACAACGGAUAUAAUAUGAUUCUGACAGGGGCAGCUUUCAUGGACGGUCAAUUGGCUUUUGAGAGGUACUGGAGUGAGGAAGCUAAGGUUGGGAGGGAAGUGGUGGACAGGCAUUUUAAUUGUGAGGAUGUGCUGUUGAACUACUUGUAUGCAAAUAGAAGCUCUUCUGACUCUACGGUUGAAUAUGUGAAACCAGACUGGGCAAUUGAUACGUCAAAGUUUUCUGGGGUUGCGAUAAGCCGGAACACAAAAGCCCAUUAUGGUGUUAGAAGCAACUGCCUGGAAAUGUUUUCAGAGGUUUAUGGGAGUAUAACUAACCGAAAAUCAAUGUUUGGCAGCCGGAAAGAUGGCUGGGACGUAUAGCCACCACUCUUAGCCAGUGAGGUCAGGUUGAAGUUCAGUUUUUUUUUCUAUUUUCCUUGAUUCGUAUUCUUGUUGAGGUUUGUGUUGUUGCAGUUUCCAUUUUUUUGGUCGUGACCUCUUGUGAAUAUAUUCCGGUCAAUAGGUAGCUGUUGUAGUGAGUAAUUGUAAAAUGUACAUUGCUUUGGUAAAUUGUAUUUUAUGGUACCCCAUAUUGGAUUUGAAGAUAUUGGAAGAAGCAAGUUUCUUUCAGUGCCAAAUGUGAAUACAACAGUACAGUGAGCUCUCUUGUUUCUUCUUAAUGGGUGUUAAUGUGUUAUUAUUGUGUGCAUUAA